UAUUUCCUGAAUCGAUACAAAGCAGCGAGUUGGUGGAGACGACAACGAGCGAGCUCAGUCAUGGCAGCACCUGCUACGGGGACGUCCAGACCUGCUCACAAUGACGUUGGGCAGAGGCGAAGGAAAGGACCGGGGGCACUGGCAACAGCAUAUCUCGUCAUAUAUAACGUGGUCAUGACAGCUGGGUGGCUGGUCAUUGCGGUGGGGCUGGUGCGGGCGUACCUGGCCAAAGGCAGCUACCACGGCCUGUACUACUCCAUCGAGAAGCCCCUGAAGUUCUUCCAAACCGGGGCCCUCUUGGAGAUACUGCACUGUGCUGUUGGUAUCGUGCCCUCGUCGGUGGUCCUGACGGGGUUCCAGGUGCUGUCCCGAGUGUUUCUCACCUGGGCGGUGACGCACAGCGUCCGAGAGGUUCAGAAUGAAGACAGCGUUCUCCUGUUUGUGGUCGCCUGGACCGUGACCGAGAUUAUCCGAUACUCGUUCUACACCUUCAGCCUGCUCAACCACCUGCCGUACCUCAUCAAGUGGGCCAGGUACACCUUCUUCCUGGUGCUGUACCCCAUGGGCGUGACCGGUGAGCUGCUCACCAUGUACGCCGCCCUGCCGUUCGUCCAGAAGACGGGGCUCUACUCCGUCACCCUGCCCAACAAAUACAACUUCUCCUUCGACUACCACACCUUCCUCAUCCUCACCAUGCUGUCCUACAUUCCCCUCUUUCCUCAGCUGUAUUUUCACAUGAUGCGGCAGAGGAAGAAGGUCUUGGGACAUGUGGAGGACUACAGCAAACUGGAAUGAACGCCCCGGGAGAUCAAGACAAAGUAGACUAUUAUGAGGAGGAAGCGCGUAGCCUUUUAAACCUUUCGCGUGACAAAUUAGAAUUUCUGCUCAUCAAAAAGCGCCCAUCUCUACUUGAACCUGAAAAUGCCGCUGGGAGGAUCAGUGCUAGUUUGUGAAUGAACUGUCAAGUGUUUUGGGGUUGGCCCCCGUGGUAACAAUUUAAACAUAAAUUAAUAUAUAGACUGCUUUUUCAGUAAGUGAAUGCGGUUACAGUACGAUGCUCUGAAAGUGCUUAGCGCGUGAAGGCGGAUAGAUGUGUGUAGUCGCACAGGACAAGUAGUUAUGACUGCUGGUUAUCGUUGAAUUAUUUUCUAUGAAUGACACGUCCCUUAAUGGUCAGAGACAAAAUAAUUGAAUUCCUUUACACUACAUACUCCCCUUUUAACCAAAAACUUUAUAAUCUGAGAAGUAAACUCCGCUUUUAAGAGUCUUUGCGUCUUUAUGCAUACCUUCUCCCAAGGAAAUACCUAAACAGUCUUUUCACAAGUUCAUUUUUAAUUUAGGCAGAGCACAUUUACUAUUUUUGUAUGGUAACGACUUCCUGUGUAAUUUCGGGGCCUCCCAGGUGAAAAAUCUACAUUCUCAGAUUCAUGAUAACGUUUCCCUCCAUAUUCCACAUUUGUCAUAAUUGCCCCAUGCAAACCUCUUGAUUGUGAUCUGGGCGUGUUUUUAUUGUCUUGAUUUGUUAUAGUUGAAUUUUGAACGUCAGCGAUGACGCGUUCACUGUUUGGGUACAAUUGGAUUGUUGUGGGUUGAUUUAUGUCGUGUCGUUUCGGUUUGAAAUUGCUGCACAUGACCAAGCCUAAAAAGUACCGAUGCAGUUGAAAAGAUUUGUGCAGUUACCUUAAGCGCUGACUUGCUCUUGUGUGUGUUUUUUCCGAGGGACUAAUGUACUGGAUUUUAAAAGCUUUAACACUGGCGCUCCUUGCUUAGCCACAGUUACUGUUGCAGAAGAUGAAGUAUUGAAAAGACAUCAGACUCUAGAUUGUGUUCUGGGGUUGCGCGUUUGCUUUAAGCUGUCGAGGAGCUCCGUCCCGACAGUCCAGACAAAGCCCUCCCUCCGCGAUGAAUUGGAUUAAAGUCAUGCGUCUCCAAUGAACAAACUUUAGCAGCACAUGGUGAAAGCUGAAAGUCAGGAUUGUGUAGGGAACGCUCUGUGUCCAAACUGUCCAAACCCUGUUCCUGGAGAUCUGCCGUCCUGUAGGUUUUUACUCCAACCCUAAUUUGCCACAUCUGAUUCCACUAAUUGGCAGCUGAACAGGUUCUCUUGCUGUAGGACGAGGUGUGCUUUGUUGAGGUUGGAGUGAAAACCUACAGGACGGCAGAUCUCCAGGAGCAGGGAUGGGCAGCCCUGCUCUAGCUGUUGAAUGAGCUGUGCUAUGUUCAUGUACUUGGGCUGUACUUGCGAUGUUCAAACCUCUGACAUUCCUUUUGUUCGGAUGAGUCAGCUGGGCUGCCAGGCAGGGCAGUGACAGAAAAAGACGAUUUGCAGGAAUUUCACAUUUUAUGUUUUUUCUGUCUUCUGAUUAACAGUGUGGUGGGUUGUCUUAUGCGUGGAUUUGGACCUGUAACAAAUUGUAUUUUAUUUCAACAACGAUAUACCGUAGCAUCCAUAACCAUUGCAUCUGUUUGUGCAUUGCAGAUAUUUCUAAAAUAUCUGUGAAUAUCCGAUUGCCUCCGUGAAAAUUGAUUUGGAUUUGUAGUGCAAUCCUGGGAACUUAUUUUGAGCCUGACUGGAACAAAGUCCUAGUGUGCCUCUGUGCACUGUAGCAUCGUCCGUUAGUGUAGUACUACAUGUUCUUUUCUGUGUUCAGCUCAUCCAAAAAUAUAGUAGCAUCCUGGUUGUUCCAGGGUUCUGCAAAUCCGGUCUCGCUUUGGUCAGUCCAGCUCAUGACCUUUUUAUUCUGGGUAAUAAUUUGAGAAAAUGUUUUUCAAUUAUAGCACGUGUCGGAGUCAGUAAAAUAUUUUCCGCUGCCCGAGAACACAUAAACAUUGGCUUAAAUGUGUUAGUUUGGGGUGAAUUGUACUGCUGGUACAGAAUGAAUCUGGGCCCCAAAUUGUGUUGCUUAUUGUUUCUAGAGUAGUUUUCCCGUAUUGUGCAUCGUUUUUAAUUAUCUUCUCUUUGGUCUUAAGUUAAGCACCUUCAUCUUGGCCCUGUUGUCUCCAUUUGACCGCAUUGCCAUGGGUCAGUGGUAACCAGCCCUGUUCCUGCAGAUCCUGUAUAUUUUCAUUCCAAUUCUAACAAAGCACGCCUCAUUCAUUCAACAACUAUAGUUCAGCACUGAAGUGGGAACUAGUCCGGAAUGGCGAAUUAAGGUUGAAAUGAAAUCCUACAGGAUGGUAGAUCUCCAGGAACACGGUCGGGUACCACUAUCGUGCGUUUAAGAAGCCACGUCGAAAUGUCUUGGCGAUACCAGACGUGCGUUCAACAUUAACAGCAAACGUUAGCUAACUUUCGCGAACCUAUUCUAUUUUUUUCUGUUCACCGCGUACAUUAGCUAUAGUCAGCUAGCAGUUUGAAAAUGACCAAAAAUGGCUGCUGUUGGGGAAAACUGGAAUGGAAUAAUGGAAUAUUUGCUCUUACUUUAAAUGGAGUGUUCUUUUAAAAUCGUCCCAACAACAACUGUUUGCUGCAAACAUAGUUCGCCGUGAACGUUCGCGGUCUUGAACGCACGUCAGGCGGAGGGACACGUCUUGACAUAAACAGAUUAGUUAUGGUCCCCUGGGGGUAUUUGGGGCGUCCCGUGGGCAUUGGAGGAAGUGUUGUGUUCAUUUUUCAGCAUGGAUGUGGGUUGCACUGAGGUUUGGGAUGUCUCUGGGGGUGGAAUGUGCCUCUUGGUGUAACUUUGCAUGCGAACUAAAAUUACCCCGCUGUGUAUCCCUGGACUGCCUUUAUCUGAACGGACAAAAAAAAAAAAAUCUAAUAAAGCACGCUGAGUUUCUGUCGAACAAUGUUGGGCUUUUUGAUACUGACGUUUUGCAUGGGACCAUUUCCUUGAGAGGAUAAUACGAACAUUCUUUGUAUAAUAUCGCAAGUAAUAAUAAUUGAUAUAUAUAUAUUUACAAUAAACUGAGUAUGGGAA